ACAAAUCAUUAAGAGAAACCAAAAAAAAUCCAAAUUUCUCUGUAAACAAUGGCAAUGGCUGUAAAUGUUUCUUCUUCUUCAAGGAUCAUAAACUCUGGUUUUUCACGUUCCGGCGUUUCAUCUGAGCCAAAAGUGCCGCAGAUUGGUUCGUUGAGGGUGUUGGAUCGUGUUCAUGUAACUCCGGUGUCUUUGAAUCUAUCUGGGAAGAGAUCAUUAUCUGUUAAGCCCUUAAACGCAGAGCCAAAGACAAAGGAUUCUUUGAUUCCUCUUGCAGCAACGACAAUGGUAGCAGAAAUUGCUGAGGAAGCUGUUGAAGUAGUAGAGAUUGAGGAUUUUGAAGAGCUUGCAAAGAGGCUUGAGAAUGCUUCACCUCUUGAGAUUAUGGAUAAAGCUCUUGAGAAAUACGGGACCGAUAUCGCUAUUGCAUUUAGUGGUGCAGAAGAUGUUGCUUUAAUAGAGUAUGCUCAUUUGACUGGGAGGCCAUUUAGAGUGUUUAGUUUGGAUACAGGGAGAUUGAAUCCCGAGACGUAUCGGUUUUUCGAUGAGGUGGAAAAACAUUAUGGGAUUAGAAUUGAGUAUAUGUUUCCUGAUUCUGUUGAGGUUCAAGGUUUGGUUAGGAGCAAGGGAUUGUUCUCUUUCUAUGAGGAUGGUCAUCAGGAGUGUUGCCGUGUGAGGAAGGUGAGACCAUUGAGGCGUGCUCUCAAGGGUUUAAAGGCUUGGAUUACUGGUCAGAGGAAAGAUCAAUCUCCCGGGACGAGGUCUGAGAUCCCGGUUGUUCAGGUUGAUCCGGUUUUUGAAGGUUUGGAUGGUGGAGUUGGUAGUUUGGUAAAGUGGAAUCCUGUUGCGAAUGUUGAAGGGAAUGAUGUUUGGAAUUUCUUGAGGACUAUGGAUGUUCCAGUUAACACAUUGCAUGCGGCGGGGUAUAUUUCGAUUGGAUGUGAGCCUUGCACGAAAGCGGUUUUACCGGGUCAGCACGAGAGAGAAGGGAGAUGGUGGUGGGAAGAUGCUAAAGCCAAGGAGUGUGGACUUCACAAAGGGAAUGUCAAGGAAAAUGCAGCUGAUGCUAAAGUAAACGGGGAAACGAAAUCUGCUGUUGCAGAUAUCUUUAAGAGUGAGAAUCUUGUGACUUUGAGCAGGCAAGGCAUUGAGAAUUUGAUGAAGUUGGAGAACCGUAAAGAGCCUUGGAUCGUCGUGCUUUAUGCUCCGUGGUGCCCCUUUUGUCAAGCCAUGGAAGCAUCUUAUGAUGAACUAGCGGAUAAAUUGGCUGGAAGCGGGAUUAAGGUUGCGAAAUUCAGAGCAGAUGGUGACCAGAAGGAAUUUGCAAAGCAGGAAUUGCAGCUCGGUAGCUUCCCAACGAUACUCGUGUUCCCCAAGAACUCUUCAAGACCAAUCAAGUAUCCGUCUGAGAAGAGAGAUGUCGAUUCUUUGACUUCGUUCUUGAAUCUCGUCCGAUGAAUAAACCACAAAACCAGUCGACAAUACAUCAGUAAUAAGUAAUACUUCCAUCUCGUUCCAGAUUGCUAGAACAGAUGAAGUUGUGUUGGAGAAUCAAUUCACAGCUUUUGAUCAGAGACAUAGAUCAGCUCUGCUACUAAGCUUGAGUUAUUGUAAGAGUAUAAUGUUGCAUUAGUGUUGAUUUUUCCAUGUAAAUGUGUGUUUAGUAGUAAAAUCAAGCUCCUGGUUCUUCUUUGCA